AUGGCCGAUUUCGUCAAACUCUCCAUCUUCGGUACCGUAUUCGAAGUGACCACUCGUUAUGUUGACCUCCAACCCGUUGGUAUGGGUGCCUUUGGUCUUGUCUGCUCCGCAAAAGACCAACUUUCCGGUACUUCCGUGGCCAUCAAAAAGAUCAUGAAACCCUUUUCUACACCUGUAUUGAGUAAGAGAACUUAUCGGGAAUUGAAAUUGCUCAAACAUCUAAGACAUGAAAACAUCAUUUCCUUGAGCGACAUCUUUAUCUCGCCCCUUGAAGACAUCUACUUUGUUACUGAACUGCUUGGUACCGAUCUCCAUCGAUUACUCACUUCCCGACCACUUGAAAAACAAUUCAUCCAAUACUUCCUUUAUCAAAUUCUCCGUGGUCUCAAAUACGUUCACUCAGCUGGUGUAGUUCACAGAGAUUUGAAACCCUCAAACAUUUUGGUUAAUGAGAAUUGUGAUUUGAAGAUUUGCGAUUUCGGUCUCGCUCGUAUCCAAGACCCUCAAAUGACAGGUUACGUAUCAACUCGAUACUACCGAGCACCGGAAAUCAUGUUGACAUGGCAAAAGUACGACGUUGCUGUCGAUAUCUGGAGUACAGGAUGUAUCUUUGCUGAGAUGUUAGAAGGAAAGCCUUUGUUCCCCGGAAAAGACCAUGUCAAUCAAUUCUCUAUCAUCACCGAAUUACUCGGUACUCCCCCUGACGAUGUUAUCCAAACCAUCGCUUCUGAGAACACCCUCCGAUUCGUCCAAAGUCUGCCCAAGAGAGAGAAAGUUCCUUUCGCUACCAAAUUCCCCAACGCCGAUCCUCUCUCCCUCGAUUUGUUAGAGAAGAUGCUCGUAUUCGACCCUCGAACACGUAUCUCCGCCCCCGAAGGAUUAUCUCAUGAAUACCUCGCUCCUUAUCACGAUCCCACCGAUGAGCCAUCUGCUGCUGAAGUAUUCGAUUGGUCGUUCAACGACGCCGAUUUACCUGUGGACACUUGGAAAGUCAUGAUGUACAGUGAAAUUUUAGACUUCCACAACCUAGGUGACAUCUCAAACAACGAAGCCGAAGGUCCUAUAGUCGGAGAAGUCGGUGCCGCUCCUGCAUCCUAG